AUGCAUAUGCACAACUAUUUUAAGCCAGUUCAGUCCUCGUGAUUGGUUAAUUUUGUACUGUUCUCUCCUAAAUACGCAAUUUCAAAUCAAAUUCACUCUCAAGAAGCUAAUCCACAAUAAACAACUCGGACGCCGGUUGCAUUCGGGAAUGCGGUGUUUUCCUCGGCGAUCACAUCUGGCUGCGCGCGCACAUUUCUUAGCACCAAAACUCAUUCACAAACUUGAAAUGAACAUCAAGUGUGUACAAAGAUAACGUAAUAAAUUAACGUUUUAUAAAUAGGUAGGGAAAUGAACGAAGAACUUGAGCGGUAGAUGCGAAGGAAAAGCGUGAAGAACGUGCAAAAAUUUCUCAUUUCAUUCAAACCAGCCCUAACGAUCGGAAGUGUACGCGGGUCAACUCAGUUCUCCGUUUCGGUGAAAAAUGGAAAUUUGCGAGGAAAGCGGAUUUUUCCACGAAGAUUUCGCAAAGUUUCGCAGCGAUAUCAGUGAUAGCGAGUUUCGGGCGUUUUCCCAGCUGGAGAACGACGAGCAGCGGGUUCGGUUCGUACACCAGAUCGUGGAGGAUCGUUAUGGGGGUAAACUGUGGAGUCCUGUGCGCGAAAUAGGCGUCGGCAAGAGCCUGGCCAAGGCUUUGGAAGCCAAGGAGCGGGGAAAUAGUGCGUUUCAAUACGAAAAAUGGCAGGAAUCGUUACGAUGCUACAAUGACGCGUGUUUACUGCUGCCAGCGGAAAAUGAUCAGGAAAAAGCCUUUAUUUUGGCCAACCGUUCAGCUGCUCUGUUUCACCUAAAUAAGUAUGAUCUGGCAUUAAGAGACAUCGAUCGCUCGAUUCAGUUACACUAUCCAGAAAAUAUGCGAUACAAGCUGAUGGAACGGAAGGCUCGGUGCUUUGCCGCACUCAAGGACCUACCGACGGCUCUGGAGUGCUACAGAGAUACCUUUGCCGCCUUAAGCGUGUCCAAUCUCGGAGAAGAAAUGCUAGAGAAAAAAAUGAAGGAAACACAUAAAAUGAUCAUCAACCUGGAACUGCACAUCGAAAAUGUUAAGAAGUACUUGGAACCCGUGAAGCGCGGUGUCGUCAAGAAGUUCGUUCCUCACGUUGACAAAUCCAUAUUCUUCGACUGCACCGAAUCAGAGGGACGAUUCGCUCGGACACGGAACCAUCUGAAGCCCAAUUGCGUUCUGCUGAAGGAACUGCCUCACGCUUCGGUAGUGAUGAGUGAUUGCAGCGGUACUCAUUGCGAUCAGUGCUGCAGUCGAGUUGAAGUUCUGUUUAGCUGUCCGAAGUGCGUUGAUGUGGUUUACUGUUCAGAAGAGUGCCUGCAGGAGGGAAGUCGGGGGCAUCAUGCGUAUGAAUGUGGGUUUCUACCGUUUUUGAGGAACUCUGGGGCUAAUGUUGUUUCUAUGCUUGCGCUGAGGAUAGUGUCUCAAAAAUCUGAGGAAUACUUCUACGAUAUGCAGGAGCAGUUGGAGAACCUAUCGAAUGAUUUUGUGGACAGUUUGCCAGUUGACGAUUAUCGCAAAGUGUAUAAUUUUGUUACACAUGACGAGCAACGGGAAGCUGAGGAUUAUCUGAAAUGGGUAGUAAUGUCAGUUUUACUCAACACUGUUUUGGUUGCCGCUGGUUUCAGCAAAUCAGGAUCCCUAAAAGGGUAAGGAUUAAAUACCUUCAGUAAGAAAGGGUGAGGCCAUUUUUGUACUUCUUUAUCGUUUGGAACGAACAUACCUAAUAACCAAAUAAGUCAAUGAAAUAGUUCCUGGAUCGACCGGAAAUCUAAU